UAAAAAUCGGUGGAAACAUACAGUUUCUAAAUUUUCUUAUAAUAAAUUCAAUGAAAUGGAUUAAAUGUUUCUAAUUUUUUUUGUGUGGAUUUUUUCCCGAAUCAUUUUCAAUAAUUAUCCGUUUUUAAAACUGAUUUAAUGAUACUCUGCAUAAGGAAUCCAUUAAAUGAAAGACAGAAAUUACAUUAAAGCUGUUGAUGAUAAUGACGAUAAAAGUUUUAAACGGAGAGGAUUUAAAAUAAAUAUAAUAACAAUAAUGCCACUGACAUGUUACAAUGGAACUGACAAAAUCGAACCCUUCUGAUUGUCAAACUAAUGUAACUAAACAAUGAUUUAUACUGUUAAAGAAAAUUGUUUAUCCGGUUAUGAUGAAUCAGUCAAAUGUAAUCAUUGUAAGCAACCAGAACAUGAAUCUUCGUGUAUAACUUGUUCAACAAAAACGCAUCAAAAUGUAUCAAUUCCUAAUGAUAGUUUCAUAUCAACUAGAAGAAAUAAACCUAAAGGAAAAUUGGAAUUAUUUUGUGUUUUAUCUUCAAUACGUGGUGUACAGAGAAUUUAUAGUUCACAAAUUCCAUUUAUUCGUAUUUUAUGGAUUUUAUUUGUUAUUAUAAUGACAUGUGUUUUAAUGGUUAGUUCCGGUUUUUUAAUUUCUGAUUAUUUAUGUUAUUCUACAGCCUGGAAUACACGUAGUUUAUUAGAUGAUAAAUCUGAAUUCCCUGCAAUCACAUUAUGUGCACAUAAUCCAUUUUCUUUAAAUGUGAAUAGUUUAUGGAAAGAAAAUAUUGUACCAAGUCCAAGACAGAUUAAAUCACGUUUAAGACAGUUAUUAGUAACAAUGUUAGAUAAUGGUAUUACAGAUUAUACUGGUGAUUUAGCUUUCUCAGAUUCAAUAGAAUUUUAUUAUACCAAUUUAAAUUUAAAUGAUACAAUUAAAGUCGGUCAUGAUAAAGAUAUGCUUUAUCAUUGCAUGUUAUAUGAAGAAGGCUCAACAGUUGUUGCAGAAAAAUGUGAUUUAGAACCAGAAACAUCUAUCAGAAUAAGACGUUUCACACAUCCUAAAUACUUUAAUUGUUGGACUAUAGAUGGUAAACCGAAUGCCUCAACUUCUGAUGUAACACGAUUAAUUAUUCUAGCACAUUUAAUACCAUUAAAAAAAAUUGAAGGCGCAAAUACUUCAUUUAUUAUGGAUUCAUUUACACGUGGUGAAGGUAUUAAAGUUGUUAUACACGAAAAAGGAACUUAUCCAGAAAUUGAAAAACAUGGUGUUAAUAUACAACCAGGUCGUAUGAAUGAAAUUAAUUAUGAAACAAUAUUUUGGAAACGUCUACAUACCCCAGUAGCACCAUGUACAAAUGAAAAUAUUUCAAUUGAAGAUCUUGGUAUAUAUUAUACAUAUAAACAAAGUCAAUGCCUUAAUCGUAUGUUACAAAAUGAAUUAUUUACAAGAUGUGGUUGUCUUAAUUCUGAAUGGCCUCGAUCAAUUAAAUUAUUAGAUCAACAUAAAUCUUUACCAUAUUGUCAAAAAUUACCAAUCAAUGUAAAUAAUAUACAUGGAGCAGAAGAAAUGAAAACACGUCUUGAUUGUUUUGGUACAGUAUUAACUGAUUUAAAACAACUUAAAGAGAAAGCAGUACAAAAAGGUGUUUGUAUACCACGUUGUGGUUAUUAUACAUAUGAUACAAAAUUAAGUGUUACAUCAUGGGAUCCAGAUCCAUAUAAACUUGCUUUAUAUACAAAGGGAUAUAGACAUGUUGAUAAAUUUUUAAAUGAACCAAAUCAAAGAAAACAUAUUGAUGAAUUAUUAGAAAAUUUUGAUGCAUCAAUAGAUCCAAUAAAAAAUAAAAAUCAAUUACAUUCAAUACGUACAUUAUUUUCUAAUGAUUAUCAACGUUUUGAUGAUGGAACACAUACAUAUAUUAGUUUAAUUAGACAAGAUUUUGAUACAAUCAUGAAAGAAGAACGUUUAGUAUUUGAUAUUUAUAUAUUAAUAUCACGUAUAGGUGGUUUAUGUUCAUUAUGUAUUGGUUUAACAAUGGCAUUUAUAGUUGAAUUAGUUGAAUUUGUUUAUUUACUUUGUUUUAAAAAUAAUAUGAAAUUAACACAAUCAAAUGAAAAUUAUAAAUUAAAUCAAAAUAUAAAAACAAUGAAAAUUAAUUGUAAACAACAUUGUUUACAUAAUAAAGAGGAAAUAGAACAUAAUCAAUAUUAUUUGAAUGAAUCCAAAUUGUCAACGAUUCCAAAUAAUCACCAUUGUCAUCAUCAUCAUCAUCACCAUCAUCAUCAUCAACAGCAAAGCCAAAAUCUUUGGCAAAUAAAUUAUGAUGAUGAUAACAAUAGUAAUAAUAAUAAUAAUAAUAAU